UGCCCCUGUCAGUAUCUCAAUCGCGUUUCUGACUUUCAGAAGUUGAAUUUCUCGCGGCGAAACAAUUCGUCAGAUACGGAUUAAUUUAGUUCUGUGAGAUAUUUUCGAAAGAUGCUGCAGUUGUAACGGAAAUUGUAAGAGUAUCUUGGAAAUUGAGCCUGGGAAAAAAGGAAUUUAUAUCCAGCACAAUGCAUGUAAAACAACAAGGCUCUUUGUUUUUAUUGUUGUUGUUGCUGGCUGUGACGUCGCAAGGAGCAAGUGCCGACGCCGACAGCGACGCCAACGUCGUUGCAGCUACUGAGAAUUGGAAUGACAAAGUCAAAGUUUUUACUGUGGCCACUGAACCCACCGAUGGCUAUGCCAGAUAUCUGAGAUCUACACGCGUCUACGACAUCGAGGUUACCACCCUUGGACUGGGAGAGGAAUGGAUGGGCGGUGAUAUGCAGCAUCCCGGCGGCGGCUUCAAGCUUAAUCUUCUGCGUAAAGCCAUUACUCCUUUUAAGAAUGAUCCAGAGACGAUAAUAUUGUUCACAGACAGCUACGAUGUGGUGUUCACAGCUACGCUGGAGGAGAUUGUGGAGAAGUUUAAGGAAUCCGGAGCCAAGCUGCUCCUUUCCGCCGAGAAAUUCUGUUGGCCAGAUAAAAGUCUGGCCAACGAUUAUCCCGAAGUGGAGGAAAGGGGUUCGAGAUUCCUGAAUUCUGGGGCCUUUAUCGGUUAUGCGCCGCAGGUUUAUGGCCUGCUGGAAGACCCCAUUGAGGACACUGCCGAUGACCAGCUGUACUUUACCAAGGCCUUCCUUGAUCCAACGAAACGCGCCAAGCUGGGCAUGAAGCUGGACACACAAUCCAGACUAUUCCAAAACCUUCAUGGGGCCAAAAAUGAUGUUAAGCUGAAAGUGGAUCUUGAGACCAAUCAAGGUGUCCUGCAGAAUGUGGACUUUAUGACAACGCCGGCCAUUAUCCAUGGCAAUGGUCUGAGCAAGGUGGAUCUAAAUGCCUAUGGCAACUAUCUGGCCAAGACUUUCAAUGGCCAGUGCCUGGUGUGCCAGGAAUAUCGACUAGAUCUGGAUGAUAACGAUCUUCCGGUCAUAACUCUAGCUGUGAUCGCCUCCACACCCGUGCCGUUCUACGACCAGUUCCUCGAGGGCGUCGAGAGUUUAAACUAUCCAAAGAAAAAGCUGCACUUGCUCAUGUACAGCGGUGUGCCCUUGCACGACGACGACACCCGGGAAUUUGUCAAUAAAUAUGGUGAAAAGUACGCCAGUGCUAAGUUUACUCUCUCCACGGAUGAACUAGAUGAACGCCAAGGCAGGCAAUUGGCCCUUGACAAGGCUCGACUGCAACACAGCGAUUACAUUUUCUUCCUGGACGCAGAUGCGCAUAUUGACGACGGCGAGGUACUCCGUGAGCUGCUCAGGCUAAACAAGCAAUUCGCGGCUCCUCUAUUCACCAAACACCACGAGCUGUGGAGCAACUUCUGGGGUGCCCUGUCCGAAGGAGGUUACUAUGCCAGGUCGCACGACUACGUGGACAUAGUGAAACGUGAUCUGAUUGGCAUCUUCAACGUUCCCCAUGUGACGAGCAUUUAUCUGGUGAAGCACAGUGCCUUUGAUGCCAUCAACUUCCAGCACAAGGAAUUCGAUCCCGACAUGGCCAUGUGUGAGUCUCUGCGGAAUGCGGGCAUCUUCAUGUACAUAACCAAUCAGCGUUACUUUGGACACUUGAUCAACACCGACAACUUCAACAGUUCGGUGACACGCCCAGACUUCCACACCUUGUUCACCAACCGUUAUGAUUGGGCCCAGAAGUACAUACAUCCGAAUUACUCAGCGCAGCUGAAUGAAAGCUAUGUGAUUCCGCAGCCAUGCCCGGAUGUCUACUGGUUCCAGAUCGUCACGGACGCCUUCUGUGACGAUUUGGUGGCUAUCAUGGAGGCGCACAAUACCUGGUCGGAUGGCAGCAACACCGAUGCACGACUAGAGGGUGGCUACGAGGCGGUUCCCACGCGGGACAUCCACAUGAAGCAGGUGGGACUGGAGCCGCUCUAUCUCAAGUUUCUCCAGCUUUUCGUGCGUCCUUUGCAAGAGAAGGUCUUCACUGGGUACUUCCAUAAUCCACCCCGCUCACUGAUGAACUUCAUGGUGCGCUACCGACCGGAUGAGCAGCCCUCCCUGCGGCCCCACCAUGACUCCUCCACGUACACCAUCAACAUAGCAAUGAAUCGAGCAGGCAUCGACUACGAGGGUGGUGGCUGCCGGUUCCUAAGAUACAACUGCUCCGUAACCGAGACGAAAAAGGGCUGGAUGCUGAUGCAUCCGGGACGGCUGACCCACUUCCACGAGGGACUGCUCGUGACCAAGGGCACUCGCUACAUCAUGAUAUCCUUCAUUGAUCCGUAGUUAUACUCCUUACUUGUAAACAAACUGCCAUAUUGGCCACUCCAAAGAACUGCUUCCUAAGCCCAAUUAAAUGGAUUGGACCGAAGGAAUCAUGACGCGGCCUCGGCCCAAAGUUUCUGAUGAUUUUACAUACUACUUUGAGACCGAUAGCUUUAGGGUCCCUCGAUGAAUCUGUUGCAGCCUUAAGUUAAUUGUAAGAUUUUUCUACCAAGUGCAAAGUGUUCAAUUUUUAAUUAAAUAAAUUAAUGAGUACACAAAAGAA